GAGCCCCAGGCUCAUCAUGCCCAAAGCUUUUCUGAUCAGGGCGAGAACUAGGUCAGAGACCCCAGCCACGGAUUCCGGUCCCCUGACGUCAUCACUGACGCAAUCGUGCGUGGAUUCCACCUCUGGUUACUCCACAAACCACCCUAUUCACGCAGACUCUGUCACUUCGCUGAAACCACUAUCGACCGAAGAGGGGUUUUCGACAACCAGAAGCCAGUUUCUGUCUGUGCCAACAACACCAGCUUUGAAUGGUUGCUCUAUGUUUGUUGCCCCACCCUGCUGCCACAAUCAUAUUGACGAAGUUCUCCCCGAGGGCGCUAGAAUUUCCAUUGGUAGUUCUUUUGUGAGAGGAGAAGGUGUCAUUGAGGAAGCAACAAGCCACCAAAGCUCAGAGACGGACUGCCAAGCAAGGAAUAACGAACGAACAACAGAAGAGGCUCCAACACGUUCGGUACACGCCACUAGCAAGUUUUCGGAGCGUCUUUCGCCCAGCACACACAAAGCUAUGACGUCCCCUCCUGUGCGAGACUUUUUGUGGAGGCCCGUGUCCCUGAUGGAUGACGUCAUUUCCCCAAAGAGUCAGACAUCCCAGGUGGAGAAACCCGUCUCGCCUGUGGUUUCUUCCACGAUGCCAGAUUCGACAAAUGAUUCUGUUGUUGUUGGUUGUCCUAAAGACGAUGAAGACUUUGUUGGCGCCAGGUAUUCCCGAAAAUAUAACAACAACAACAAUAACAUUAACGUUCACAAGCAACAUACCGACCGCGGUACAGCUUUAAAAUACGGGGUCACCCACGACGCUGCCAAGGCAGAACUUUUCGACGUCAACGAAAAUUCAGUGACCAAAAGUUUGCACAGUAUUAGCACCUCACAUCGUAGGCCAAACAGCACCAGCCCUUGUAUAGAUUCUCUCAGGACCAGUGUCACAGAUGACGUCAUACAUGUCCCAGCUCGACCUUCACAGCACCCCAGAAAUGUAUGUUUACCUCCUCACUCACUGGCUUCCAGGCGCAGUGAUCUUUCACCUGGGUUCAGGUGUGACGACAGCGGGUAUCUGUCCACUCCGCACUCACCUGCUCGCAGUGUGAGCCCAAGAGGUGAGGACAUGUCGGAGCAGAUAGUCAAUUACUCUAAACAGAAACUCCACCGCCAAGGUUCCUCCACGCCCGGGGCUGACCGCCAAAACAUGCUCAGCUCAUUUCCCUCUUUGAAGAGGAGAUCAGCUGCCGAAAAGGCCGAUUGUGAUACAUCUCAUCCAGAGAAACUUCCUAAAACAAACAUGUAUCCUACUCAUGUGAAUAAAAACAAUAAAAGCUCUUCUCCCACCAAUGCCAACACCUAUGUCGUGGACAAAGCAAUAUUCGGAGAGGAGCAAUUCUCUGUGUCUAACAAUGUGACGUCUCAGGAAAAUGAAGAGUGUGAAGAAAGAAAAUCUAAAGAAUACAAGGACAGACAGAUGCUUCUCGACCUAAAGCAGUCAGCCGUUCACGCCAACAACACAGUCGUGAAACAGGAACUUCUUCCCUCCAAACACGAAAAUGUUUGUUGCAAAAACGGGCCAUCUGGAAGAGAGGGCAUGGUGAGAAACGCACGUGCAGAUAAGUCUCCAGUCGUGGUGGACGCGGACAGCAGUGUCAUGGAGCACUGGCAAACACUCACUCCCAAGUCAGAGGACAGGCGUGCCGGCACCAGCCCCGCUGGGAGAUCCGACUGCUCUGACGAGUUGUCUAAAGUAAAGGUGGUCGGUGAAAAGAACGCGGACACUUUCUCAGAAGAGAGGAUGGGAGACGGCAAAAGUCGCGAGAAGACGCCCCCAUUCUUACAUCGCCCCCAGCCCAACCCUCUGAAAGUUCCAGAUAUGUUCUCCCAUUGGGCGUCGGCUACACCUCCCUCCUUCCCUCCCCACCCUGCUCUCACCGGCCACUAUCUGCGCUUCCUUCAGCAGGCACAGUCGCUCCACCCCGCCCUACAGCCCGCCCUCUACUCCGCUCUCGGACACGCCUCUCUAUCACCCUACUUAUUGGACCCCUCAUUCUCCAUGAAAAGACCCUUCCUCCCAAACUCCCCUUUCCUCCUCCCCCCGUCUGCUCUCUAUCUGCCUCCUCCAAUACGUUCCCACAAUCCUGUCUGUUUUCCAACUCUCCCAGUCCAACCAGAGACAAAACCUGACUCAGAUAUUGCGACCACCAGACAUUUAGACCGUCGGCCGGAGCUUGCAAUUCCCAACCCCUCCUUUCAUCGAUCGCCAUUUCCUUUCCACAAAGCUUCAUCGCUCUCCCCGUCAUCCUCGUCCUCCCCCUUGACCUCCCCAAACAGCAUCACCAGCAGCGACAGCAGCAUCAGCGGCAACAGCAGUAUUCUCACCAAGCAUCCUAGCGCCUCACCAAACUAUCCCAUCAUUUCCGCUCCCACAAACGCAACGAAAACUGCCAUCCCCACCAACAGCAACAACGUCAGCCUGAGCAUCAACAACCUCUUUCCGAGACACCAUUCUCAGUCUCAAGGGUCAACCAAACGCCGGGACAAAGAGGGUUCUAUUCUCGACCCGGUACGCUUCAACUGUGACUCUUGUAACAAAAGCUACUCCACGCUUAGCGGUCUCAGCAAACACAAGCAGUUUCAUUGCAGCACUCACGUGAAGAAAGAAUUCACCUGCAAACAUUGCGACAAGACUUACGUGAGCCUCGGCGCACUCAAGAUGCACAUACGUACUCACACUCUUCCUUGCAAGUGUCACGUCUGCGGAAAGGCAUUCUCUCGACCUUGGCUUCUCCAGGGUCACAUCCGGACACACACUGGGGAGAAGCCCUUCCGGUGCACUCACUGUGGUCGUGCGUUCGCUGAUCGCUCCAACCUGCGCGCGCAUCUGCAGACCCACGCGGAGGUGAAGCGCUACAGCUGUGCGCGAUGUAGCAAGACUUUCUCUCGCAUGUCACUGCUCACGAAACAUGAAGACAGCUGCUCCGCCUCCUCCUUAUAGACUAAUGUAUAGCUGGGCAGUGUGUGAUCUUCUCCUCCAGAAAGAUUUAAUUAACAGUUUUUCUUCAUCUGCCAUUUCGAAAGCUGGCCCGUUUCUACCUAACUUUGUAAACAGAAACGUCAUCGGCCUACACGCCAGUCGACUAGUGACCACCACAUGCUCUAUGUCCUGACGUAAUAAUUACAUGUACAAAAUGUACUUGUAACUCUAUACUUGUUAAGUCCUAAAGUCGAGUCCUCAAAAAGAGACUAGAUCUAUGCCAUCACAAAAGAGAUACUAAGUAAAGGCGAAAUACCUUCGUUCAAAGAACCGAUUGACACAUCGGCUGUGAGAACAGGCAAAGGAUUUGGCACACUUGAUAUGUCGUUGUCAGCUUCCACCCUGUGGUAUGUCUGGGUAGUAAUGACUCCGCAUAAUCACUACUACUUCCCAUGCCGAAUCAAAGACGUACAGAUUUAUGUUUGAUAUAUUCGUAGUUGGUAACGACAAAAGAAGUUGUGCUGGUUUGACGCAUGACAUAAGAAAGUAAUACAACAAUAUUUAAUGUUUUAACUUCCCCGAGGCUACUGUCAGGCUAAAAGCAGCUAGAAGAUUAUCGGUAAACAAAAGAAAAAAAUGUAGAGCUCAGAAAAUCACCUUACUGACGUUUGCUCUAGUCCGUGGUUAGCACUAGCACCAUAGAUUAGUUGUUGUUGUUGCUGUUGUUGUUGCUGUUGUUGCUGUUGUUGUUGCUGUUGUUGUUGUUGUUGCUGUUGUUGUUGUUGUUGUUGUUGCUGCUGUUCUUGUUGUUAUUGUUGUUCAUUUAGGUAUAGAAGUGGUUUCCUGUGCUCUACAUGUUUCUUCCUGUGACGAUGAUCCAGUAGCGUGUGACAUGACUGCACAUUUACAGUGAAAAUCAGAAGGAAAACUUUGUCAAAUCUUCUGCUCUAUCAGCAUUUUUAAGGUGUGGGUGAGCCUUAAGGAUGGCAAAUUUUGUGAUGCGCCAAUAUCUUUGGUUUUUAGGUAAGGCCAUGGUGAAACAUACAAUCUCUUUGCUCCAUGUGAUGGUAUAUUACAUACCAUGACUUGAUACAUGCUUUAUGACGCAACGGCGGCUAUGUUUAUAAAAGGUCAGUAGAUCUAGAAAGCUUUGAUGGAAACAUACAUUUGACCGGGGAAGAGGGGAAGGUGUGGUUUAGGUUAAAGUUUCUUUCCUCCUUCAGCCUUAAUCAGCGCAAGCUGGCAUUAAGAUGAAAAGAGGGUCUGUGUAUUAAAUUUCUUACAUAUAAUGAUCGUAUCAAACGUCCCAGCGAAUAGAUUGCAAAGAGACGAAAGUCUAAACCUGAUGUUGGAAGUUUUGUUUUUUGUUUUACAUUGAAGAAUAUUUUUCACUUCAUGAGGUCAGAACGGCAUAAACAGCAAGGAAAGAAC